AUGAAGAAGCCACGCGGACUACUGGUCGAUGCAAAGGACAACAAAAUCUAUUGGGUUGACAAUGGCAAACAUACAGUGGAGUGCAUCCAAUUCAAUGGAAUGGGCAGGAGGGUGAUCGUACAAGAUGAUGUUUCCAGUUUCUAUGGAAUAGCAUUGUAUCAGUGGAUUGAUCAUUGGUAUUACACUUUGCAACACCAUCUAUCUAUCUAUCUAUCUAUCUAUCUAUCUAUCUUAGUAUAUCUUAUCUUAGUAUAUUCAUUAUCUCUUAGUUUUCAUUAUCUCUGUUUACUCAUUAUCUAUCAUUAUCUAUCUAUCUAUCUAUCUAUCUAUCUAUCUAUCUAUUAUCUAUCUAUCUAUUUCUCUGUUCAUAUCUAUCUAUCUAUCUAUCUAUCUAUCUAUCUAUCUAUCUCAUUGUCUUCAUAUCUAUCUAUCUAUCUAUCUAUCUAUCUAUCUAUCUAUCUAUUUCCGUCUGUUCAUAUCUAUCUAUCUAUCUAUCUAUCUAUCUAUCUAUCUAUCUAUCUAUUCAUUCUCUGUUUACUUCAUAUCUAUCUAUCUAUCUAUCUAUCUAUCUAUCUAUCUAUCUAUUUCCAUCCAUCUGUUCAUAUCUAUCUAUCUAUCUCAUUGUAUCUAUCUAUCUAUCUAUCAUUGUCUAUCUUCUAUAUCUAUCUAUCUCUGUUCAUAUCUAUCAUCUAUCUAUCUAUCUAUCUAUCUAUCUAUCUUAUCUAUCUAUCUCAUUGUAUAUUCAUUAUCUCUGUUUAUCUAUCUAUUAUCUAUCUAUCUAUCUAUCUUAUUUCAUCUCUUAUUUCAUUAUCUAUCUAUCUAUCUAUCUAUCUAUCUAUCUAUCUAUCUAUCUAUCUUAGUAUAUUCAUUAUCUCUGUUUACUCAUUAUCUAUCUAUCUAUCUAUCUAUCUAUCUAUCUAUCUAUCUGAUAAAUGCUCUGACUAG